CAGAAACAUUGACUGUCGCGCUAAGAUUGGGCGGAGCAACGCGUGCGAGGGCGGUUUGAUGGCGCGGUGACGCAGCAUGCGCCGCGUGCCGCUAGCCGCGCUCUUGCGCGUCAUCAUCAUAGCAGGCGGCGCUAAUUUCGUCAAUCCCUACGUAAGCGAAGACCGAGUCGACCUCAACCAAGUAUGGGUGGAGAUACCUUCAACCCUCGUGGCUUUGGGGGGAGAUGUCCACAUCAGGGUCCACGGCACAUCAGGCGGAGGGCUCAAGGUCCGCAUCGCUCGAGAAGACGAUGACGGACGAGCUCUCCUUGCCACCAUGCCUCUAGCACUCGACGCAGAGAACCGCAUGACCUUACCUUGCGGCUACUUCUCAAGAGGAGGCACUUACUAUCUAGAACUUAUAUCAGAUAAGGAUCCAUACUUACCAGACUAUGACAACACGACAGAAGUCAAAAGGAAUAUUGACAACAAAGUCAAAAGGGAUGUUAGUGAUGGGAGUUUAAUGGAGACAGGAGACAGCGUUGUGAAGUCCUGGAAAUUUGACGUCAUGUGGCCGACGGCGAACCUGGAUGUGACUCCAGAACAGAUUCAGACAUACCCUGAGAGACAGGUGAUGGCUUUACUGGAGUUUCCAAGGGUGGUGUGCACUCCUAUUGAGUCGAGUGCAGACUUUUGGCUGGAGUUGCUGUAUUGUGGACAUUCGAGUGGUGGGGCGGUGCUAUGCGAUGGAAAGAAUACCAGUUCGCAUGCACAUGUUUUGUAUUCUGAACAGAUGCACGGGUUCCCAGGUCGUCGCACGAUGACCCUGCGUUGUGAACUUUUCGGUCAGGCGGGGGACUACGCGCUGACCCUCAGGCCGGCAGCCGCGGCCGGGCCGCAAGAUCUGGCUACUGCUUUUAUUAAAGCGGACUGGUCAGAACAAUUCGUGCUGAACGUGCACGGCGGGUCGGUGUUCCCCUGCGGAGACGGAGUGAGGGUGCUGUUCCAGUACCCGGAGUGCGUGCUGGAGGGAGCUGAUAGAGUCAGGGUCUUCGGCAGAGACGCUGAUCGGCUGCGGUAUGUCGCUGAGAGGAGGGUUCGCAGUGCUGCACUCUUGGAUGGAAAGUUGAGGGCUGCGCUUAAGGAACUUGAAUCCAAAACAAACCUGUGCAAUCAGCUGUUGCAGGAGAGGGAUGAUAGUGAGGUAGAAGUCAAACGUAUAGUAGACAAGAACACUGACCUUAAGAACCAACUGGCAGAAUUACAUAUCCAGCAUAUGGACAUACUUGAUCAACAUAGUCACCUCCGUCAACUUGUGUCAAAUUUUCAAGAAUGUAAUGACACACAUGAACUGGCAUUAAGGCGGAUCUCAGAACUGGAAAUUGAGCUAAGCAAGGCCCACAACACCAUCACACAGUUGGAAGCUGCUCAAUCCAGUGAACAGUCUGCGAACACCUGCAGUCUUUUCAAUGAGUCAUUUCAUGACACUGAAAUACAGCGCUUACAGGAGGAGCUUCAUGUUAAAGAAAUGUGUCUUAGGGAUAUUUUCCACAAAUAUGAAGCUUCACAACAGGAUUUGAGUGUGCGCAUGCAGGAGGCCUGUGAGUUGGCAGACAUAGUGAGGUGCAAUGCAGAGAGGGGUCAGCACACAGCCUCAUUCGACUGCCGACUAUUUAGCGAGCGUUACCCGGAGUACUGCUUCGUGUACGUGUCGCAGGCAGUCACUGGGGCAGUCGCUGAUGUCAGGAUGGACUGCCUCCCGACGAUGCCGCUAUCAGCAGAUGGCGGCGCGGGCGGCUGGGGGGCGUGGUCGGCGUGGUCGGCGUGUCCGGCGCCCGCGCACUGUUCUACUCGCACGCGAAGCAGGCACCGCUUUUGUGAUUCCCCGCCCCCUGCUUAUGGCGCGAAGCUAUGUGAGUUAGUGAAGUAG